GGGAGUUGGUCGUGGGCCCCAGCAGAGGAAACUGAGGCUUGGUGAAGUUAUGAAACUUGUCCAAAGUUACACAGCUUGUAAAGGGCACAGCCAAGAUUCAGAGCCAGGUUAUAAAAGUUAAGAUGAACAAACUACAACAAAGUUUUAGGAGAAAGAAAGACGUUUAUGUUCCAGAGGCCAGUCGUCCACAUCAGGGGCAGACAGAUGAAGGAGUUCGCACUGGGAAAUGUAGCUUCCCAGUUAAGUACCUUGGCCAUGUAGAAGUUGAUGAGUCAAGAGGAAUGCACAUUUGUGAAGAUGCUGUAAAAAGAUUGAAAGCUGAAAGGAAGUUCUUCAAAGGCUUCUUUGGAAAAACUGGAAAGAAGGCAGUGAAGGCAGUCCUGUGGGUAUGAGCAGAUGGACUCAGAGUUUUGGAUGAAAAAACUAAGGACCUCAUAGUUGACCAGACAAUAGAGAAAGUUUCUUUCUGUGUACCAGAUAGGAAUUUUUAUAGAGCCUUCUCUUAUAUAUGUCGUGAUGGCACCACUCGGCGCUGGAUUUGUCACUGCCUCAUGGCUGUCAAGGACACGGGUGAAAGAUUGAACCAUGCAGUAGGCUGUGCUUUCGCAGCCUGUUUAGAGCCUAAGCAGAAGCAGGAGAAGGAGUAUGGAGUGACUGCUACUUUUGACGCUAGUCAGACUACCUUUACAAGAGAAGGAUCAUUCCGUGUCACAACUGCCACCGAACAAGCAGAAAGAGAGGAGAUCAUGAAACAAAUACAAGAUGUCAAGAAAGUUGAAACAGAUAAGACAGUUGUUGGUUCAUCAGUGGCUCCUGGCAACACUGCCUCAUCCCCAUCCUCUCCCACUUCUCCCACUUUGGAUGCCAUUGCCUUGCUGGAGAUGAACAAUCCUCAUGCCAUCCCUUUCAUCAAUGAGUUGCCUUCCACUAUGCAGAGGAAGACUGAUUUCCCCAUAAAAAAUGCAGUGCCAGAGGUAGAAGGGGAGGCAGAGAGCAUCAGUUCCCUGUGCUCACAGAUCACCAAUGUCUUCAGCACACCCUCUGAGGACCCCCUCUCUUCCGCCCCAAUGACCAAACCAGUGACAGUGGUGGCAUCACAGUCUCCUGCCUUCCAAGCUAAUGGCACUGACUCAGCCUUCCAUGUGCUUGCUGCUAAGCCAGUCCAUACUGCUCUAGCACCCGUAGCAAUGCCUGUGCUUGAAACCAACCCUUGGGCCCAUGCCCCUGAUGCUAACAAGGAAAUUGCAGCCAUUCACCCUGGGACUGAGUGGGGUCAGUCUUCUGGUGCUGCAUCUCCAGGUCUCUUCCAUGGUGGUCACAGACGUACUCCCUCUGAGGCUGACCGAUGGUUAGAAGAAGUGUCGAAGAGUCUCUGAGCCCAGCAGCCCCAGGUCUCAGCUGCCCCUUUGCAGCCAGUUCUCCAGCCUCCUCCACCCACUGCCAUUUCCCAGCCAGCACCGCCUUUCCAAGGGAAUGCAUUCCUCACCUCUCAGCCUGUGCCAGUGGGUGUGGUCCCAACCCUGCAGCCAACCUUUGUCCCUACCCAGUCCUAUCCUGUGGCCAAUGGGAUGUCCUAUCCAGCCCCUAAUGUGCCUAUGGUGGGCAUCACUCUCUCCCAGAUGGUAGCCAAUGUGUUUGGCACUGCAGGCCAUCCUCAGGCCACUCAUCCCCAUCCAUCUCCCAGCCUGGUCAAGCAACAGACAUUCCCACAGUAUGAGACAAGCAGUGCUACCACCAGUCUCUUCUUUAAGCCUCCUGCUCAGCACCUCAACGGUUCUGCAGCUUUCAAUGGUGUAGAUGAUGGCAGGUUGGCCUCAGGAGACAAGCACACAGAGGUUCCUGCAGGCACCUGCCCAGUGGAUCCUUUUGAAGCUCAGUGGGCUGCAUUAGAAAGCAAAUCCAAGCAGUGUACUAAUCCCUCCCCUACCAACCCAUUUUCCAGUGACUUACAGAAGACAUUUGAAACUGAACUUUAA